CUCGAGUAAGUCUGUGUUAUGUUAUUGGACUUGUUGAUAUAUUAUGACGGGGUCCCGAGUGGCUCAGAUGAGUUUCAAAUCACUUUCGUUGCAUAGUGCAUUGCUAAAGGCUGUUGGUUCUGGUGUGAUAGCACAUGCGGCUGGAAUUGCGCAGGUACGAUGGUCGCAGAAGCGACAAAGGAGUCGUAGAUGCAGUGCGAGAGGCGUGGGAACGAAUUUAAGCGUAGGAGCACAAAUUGGACUCGCACCUGCGUGUGCACAACAGUGGAGUUUUUACCGCAGGUGCGAAGGCAGACCUCCAGUGCUUCCUCGCAGAAGCGUGUUUUGGUUGCAAAUGCGACGCCGCAGAAGCGGCUGAUGUGCCACAUGUGCGAAAGUGCUGGGCAGAAUGAUAAAUACAAGGGUUCGCGAUUUUGGCUUCAUUUUUACACUUCCAAGCUCGGAUUGAUGCGAUUCUUGGCGCAAUUUUCAUCUUGUGGACUGGGUUCUGGGCCGUUCGGAGGUCGUAACGUGCGGGAUGGCAUCUUUGGAGUAUCGUUUGACUUGCUUGACAUUGGUAUUGGCUUGUUCGAGAUACUGACUGCUAAUGUUUCUAUGUUCGAUGGGAGAUGGAUUUGAAGAUGUAUCUACGUCUUAGUUGUAGCUGUCUCUUGUUCAUGGUAGCCUUAGAUCUAUAAAACUCUGUUAAUGUCUUUUUCAAACAGACAAUGUAUUUACUUCAUUUUCGCUUUGUAAACUCUAUUCUUAAAAGCUCAUGAUUCGUACUACCA